UAACACGGAAUAUAAAACGAAAUAUAUGAGAGCUUUUCUUAACCAAAAUACCGAAAAGAUUGAUUUUUGAUCAACAUGAUGUACAUUAGUGGAAUAUAAGGUAACUAGAAAUGGCCGACGCCGACUUCCAAUUAUGAGACAAUUUGUUGUUUACAUUAGUCUGGUGUAGCACCCCGAGCAACAGCACUAUCACUGCCUCCUUCAUCUGACAGGACAGAAACCGUAUAUUCGGCUGUCCGAGAUGCACAAGGAGGAGAACAAGCAAGAGAUUAAGGAUGUUGAUGAUGAAGAUUCUGAUGAUGAUGAAGAACUGAUCACCAGGGUCCCCAAGCGUAAAAGAACGGUUGAAUCUGAUUCCGAAGGUUCGGAUACCGAGGAAGAAGGCUCAGACGAGGAAGAUUGUGAUGAUGAUGAUGACGAUGAUGACGACAAAGAAGAGGAAGAUGAUGAGAGUGAUGAAGAAAGAGGUUCAGAAGAUGAGGGCGAUGUUAGUGAGGAGGAGGAGGAGGAGGAGGACGACGACGACGAUGACAGUGAAGAAGUAACAGAUAGUGAAGAUUAUGAUUCUGAAGAAGAACAGCCAAGAGUCACCACCCAUACCUCGUCAUCCCAACCAACUCGCGCUGAAAGGGUUAAUGAAUCUGACAGCAGUGACAACGGAGAUGGGGCUGGAGAGCCUUGUGCUAUUUGCCUUGGACGCAUGAAAGGUGAAAUUGGAUCUCCAGAAGGCUGUGAUCAUUCGUUCUGCCUUGAUUGCAUUCUAGAGUGGUCAAGGACAAAUAACACCUGUCCCCAAGAUAGAACACCGUUCUUGUUGGUAUUCGUACGGAAACGGAUCGGAGGACGCAUCAUCAAACGACUCGCUGUUCAAGAAGUAAAACCCGAUGACCACCCACCAGAAGAGGAAGAAGACCCAACUUUCUGUGAGGUGUGUGGUCGAUGUGACCGUGAGGACCGGCUGCUGUUGUGUGAUGGCUGUGAUCUGGGUUACCACCUGGAGUGCCUUGACUCACCAUUGGCUCGUGUACCCAUCGAGGAGUGGUUCUGUCCUGACUGCCAGGCUGUGAAUGGUUCCUCGGCUGCUGCAGAGGCUGAAAUAGAGGAUGGAGAACUACAUGACCUGAUACAGGAUGGUGCUCCCAGUUCAUCUCUCCCACAUUUGCGUCCCGAGCGUGCUGUUGAGCGGCCGAGGUUGUUGCCCCGUACCCGUGCCUCAGAAAGGGUUCGUGCUCGGAUCACCCGCUCUCGACAGCAGAGGGCUGCAAUUUCAGAAAGUGAAGUAGAAGAACAGGAAGCAGUACUUGAAGCCAUAGCUGCAGCAGAAGAGCAAGAAGCCGGUGAGAGUCGUAGCAGGAUACAGACCAAAAGUGCCACGAGUACCACGUCACGUCGAACCACCAAAGCCCCCAAAAGAAAGAAGAGAAAGAUCGUACGUAAAAAGAAGAGAAAAGUAAGAAAGAAAAGAAAAGCCACCAAAAAAAAGGCGACAUCCACGUCAAAAGCUGGCUCAACGGGUGUCAAGGCUAAACGCAAAACUAGGAAAACAACUCGAAGGAAGAGGAAAACAAAGAAAAGGAAAAAGAAGAAGGUAACCAAGAAAAUUAAACUUCCCACCCCAGCAGUGACCCCAAAAGGAAGACUAGCAGAGGUUCUAGGCAUAAAACCAUCUAAACCAUGGGAACUUGUACCAACAAUGCAGCCUUCUAGUAAGGAUGGAGGUUCAGGAACCAUGAGAUCAGCACUACCUCAUCUCUCUCUCUUAGGGGUUAAUGCCGACGUAGACCUAAGUACCGAGCCUGAUGAAUAUGGAGAUGCUAUUCUGGCAGCAGGAGUAAGAAGAAGGCGGGUGAUGGACACCAGUCAAGCCCUCGCGCGCCGUAAGGCUCUCUCAGUCAGAGCUCUUAUGUCCCAUACCUCCCUUGUUACUUCAGUAGCAAAACCUAGAAAAAUAGAAAAUAACAACAACAACACAAACAUUGCAAGUGAUUUAUUAGGCACAAUAAUAGAAAGCCAAUCACUCAUCCUCAAACCUGUUCAUACUCAAAGUAAAAGCAGCAGUGUUCUUAGAGCUCCCAUCAGCACAGGUAGUCCAACAGUUGGCCGUCUACCAUUAAAUGGAAGAAUAGUGGCCAAUACUAGGGCGGCCGGGCCCGAGUCACCGGGUAAGCAGCAGUCAGGUGGGGACGGGAGAUCCACCUCGCCCUCCAGACAGCAGCAGCCCGGGCAGUCAGCUGGUGGCGAUGGAAAUUCCCCACAGGGAGGCCACAGCAGACCUCCUGGUGAUGACCCAACGGGCUCUAAGGCGUACUCUUCCUAUCUGAAAGAAAAUAAUGGUGAUGGGAGAGAAGGAGGAUCUCAGUGUGCGGUACCCAGUGGCAGCUGUAACGGGAGCGAGAAGAAGGAGAAGAAACAGGACGACAAAAAGAAAAAUGACGACGAGGAUGAGAUUGAUAUUUAUAGCGACAUUGAACCAGAAGUACCUGAAGGAGAAGAAGAGGAGGAGGAGGAGGAGGACGACGACGACGAUGACGACGAUGAGGAAGGCGACGCCGAAAACUUUAAGGCUGACGUUUCGGUCACCGCUACGUCAGAGGCCGAUAAAAAAUGCAACGACGAGGAAAAUGAACCCGAGUCCAGCGACGACGAACUGGUGAUCGACGACAGUGACAAACCGGAGAGUAGAGGAAACCCGGAGACGGUAACCCGGAGAAUAGUCAUUGAGGAGUCGGAGGAGAACAAUGUGGUGGGGAGUAGUAACUUGCCGGGGUUAAAUGACUUUGAACUGGAAGCCGUGUCCGAUACGGAUACCCCAGAGUUAGAGAAAUCUGCCAAUAGUUCAAUUUCUUUAUCCGACAGUAAUAUGGGGGAUCAUGAAGUGACUAGUAGCACAAAUGAAAAUGCAAAUACUAAUAAAUCUGAUCAUCUAGUUAAAGAAAUAUUUGGUGAAAGUGACGAAGAAAAGAGUAGAGAUAGAAACAACCAGCCCAUCGUCGGCUUGGAGGGGCUGGAAACCGAAACCAUAUCCGAUAACGAGGAGAUCAGCUUCGACGAUAACGACGAUAAUAUCGAAGAGGGUGAAAUUCCGAGUGAGACCCCCAGGCACGCUACUCCCCCCACACAUCGUCCUCGCGUUAACUUUCAGAUCCGUCGGGUGAUAGAGGUGUCACCUUGCCUCAGAGACCAGGACGGGGAAUACGAAGAGGGCGAGAUAAUCGACGAGAAUGCUAAACGUAGAGAGAAAAAGAAAGAUAAGAAAGAGAAAAAUAAAAAGGAGAAAGAUAAAGAGACAAAGGAAGACGAAGAGAAAGAACAGGAAGACCCAGAGAAGGAUAAAGAGAACACAGUCCCCGAGGUUGAGCCAGAGUCACCCAAAGAACCGGUGGUUGCCGUCCCUGAGAGGCCAAAGACCCCUCCAUUAAAAUUAAAAACGAAGACCAAGCAGAAAGAUAAAGAAAAAGAUGUUUCUUUUAAGAAGGUCUCCAAAAGUACCAAAGAAAGAAACUAUAGAGAUACUGAGAAGGAAGACAGAGAUAGAAGAGGGGCAAAAAAUAAUAGGAAUAGAGACGUACAAGACAUGGGUCGGGAUAGAAACAGAGACAGGGAGAGGGCGGGCGAGAGGGAGAGAAAUGCCGACAGAAACCGUGACUCAUCAAGCCGGAGACGAGUGAGGGACAGAGAGAGAAAAAAAGAACCGAAGAGAAAGGAAAUGGAGAGAUACAACGUCAGAAAAAUGAUCACGCAGAAGGAGGAAGAGAGAAAAAAGAAGGACGAAUUUGGCCGCGACGUAGCGCUAAGGUCGAGAUCUAGAUCGAGGUCCAGGCGAAGAUCCAGAUCACGUUCAAGAAGGCGGUCUAGAUCCCGGUCGCGUCACGGCUCCAGACCUCGCAAGGGCAGAAGAAGUUACUCGCGUUCGGUGUCUCGUUCCCGUAACAAAAAGCGGGCAAGAAGAAGGAGCUACUCUUCCUCCUCCUCGUCAUCCUACACGUCCUCAAGUUCCAGCUCGAGUUCCAGUUCGUCGUCAAGGUCGAGAUCUCGAGGGCGAAGCAGAGACAAGAGAAGAAGAAGAUCGAGAAGCAGAACAAGAACGCCAGUUAAAAAGAAGCCGGAGAAGAAGAAGCCCCCUCCUCCUGUCAAGCCAAAGGAGAAGACCAAAGAAAAACCUAAAAAAAUUAUUCCAGUUGUAGAAAAGAAAAAGGAAAGGAAAAAAGAGGAUAAGAGGAAAGAUCGCGAAGUAGAGAAAAAAGAAGAAGCAAGACUUGAAAGGGAAAAGAGGAAGAAGAAGAAGGAAAAGUCUCCCUUGCAGAGUAAAGAAGUGUACCAGGCUGGAGGAAGUAUUAUGGUAAGUGUUAGUUUUAAUAGAGCACCGGGAAAGGAAAAUAAAGAAGGUAAAAAGAAAAAAGAGAGAAAUGUAAAACUAGAAGGAGAAGCAAGAAAGAGAGCAAGAAAAGACACUGCAAAAGCACGUGGAAGUCCCUUCAGAUCUUGGUCAAGAAGCCGUACUCCAUCCCCAAGUGGCAAGCGAACGCCGCUCCAGGAUGAACCAAUGUGGUCACCAGAUCAUUUGGCUGAAACUCGCAAUAAAGAAAAACCGCCUAAGAGUCCAGAAGUAAUAGAUUUAGAUGUGAUUAUGGUCACACCACCACCUCAGGAACCCAUCCUCAUUUCUGAUUCAGAAGAUGAGGGUAUCACUCGGUUGCCUCCAGAUUUAGGCACCACACCUGUGCCUCCUGUCAGACCUCAGGGACCUAAAACUCCUCCCGAGCCUGCUGUUAAGUUUACUCUUUCAAGCAAGCAAGUGCUCAAACCUAUAAAUAACCCACUGCGUGACGAGGAAGAGGAGGAGGAGGAACCCCCGGCUCCAGCAAGAGGACCCAAUACUCCACCAGGUCCUCCUCCUGAAUCAGAUGAAUCUGUGGGAAGAGCAAAAUCUCCCACAGGUGGAGUACCACAUUCUCCUGCUGGUUCUCCCCCGGGUUCUUCUCCAGAACCGGACGUUUACGAUCCUUUCGAACCGACAAAAUCUCCGUCUCCUCCAGGGUCCCCUCAGCAGGAGGCUCGGGUCAGCAGCAGUGAUCAGACAGAAACUGUGGAAAAAGCCUCGCCUGAAGUUGUUUCUGCACCAAAAGUGGCUUCUCCUCCGCCCUUACCUACAGAACCACCAGAACCUGAAGAGCGUCCACCUGAGCCUCAGAAGCCACCCGAAGAGGAAGCCACGAGUACUGUGCCCCCUACCACAGCUCCUGCUGUGUCUGUGGCUGUGAAAACGAAUACUGCCCCUAAGGCACCCAAGGCCCCAAAAGUUCCAAAGGCAGCAGCAACAGUAUCUACAAAAGCAGUUGCCCCAAAAGCAGCAGCACCUGCUGCUGCAACCCCAACAAAUCCCAUAAAUCAAAUAUUUCCAGGACUGCCAGCCAAUGUUGCUAACAUUCUUUAUCCAGCAGCCAUAGCAGCAGCAGUACGCAGUGCAAGUGGUGCAGUAAUUCGUCCACAAGUUUUACAGACUGUGGCAGCUCCAGACUUCUCACGGCCUCCCCCGGCAGCCAACCCCUUGAAUCGCCCUCCCCCGAUGACCAUAAUAGCUCCCGUACGGCUUGGAGAAAAGGGAAGAGCAACACAGAAUGGAAGAGAUGUUACACACACUGAUGUUAUUGACAUGGAUCUGGACUCUCCAAAUUCGCCCGACAGUUCUGACGUCAGUGACAUGUUUGAACCACCCUCACCCCACUCAACGCAUCAGUCAGAAAAGCCUUCUCCUCGGAAGACAAGAAGCCAGGCAAGAGCAGCUACCAUGAAAGUGGGUAAAGGUGGUGGAGAUAAAUUUGAUAAUCUGUUUGGAGGUCGAGGAGGACGCAAGCAUAGCACACCACACAAACAUAGGCUUGGCAAAAAGGCAAAAGCUGGAGGUAAAAAAGGUGAAGGUAAUGAAGAAGAUAUCCCCAGUUCAGCCGUUGACUUACAAGUGAAAGAAAAGUUCCUGAAGAAAGUGCAGCGACAGGAACGUGUUGUUGAGGAAGUGAAGUUGAGUCUCAAGCCAUUUUACAACAAGAAAACUAUAGGUAAAGAAGACUACAAGGAAAUAAUGCGCAAAUGUGUACAGAAGGUCUGUCAUAACAAAUCAGGAGAGAUAAACCCCACCAAAAUCCGUGGUCUCGUACAAGGCUACAUCAAGAAAGUCAAGUACUACCGUAAGAAACAAGUUGGGCUGUCUGACCAGCCUCCCACAAAACCCACUGCCAUUGAUCCCUCAGCACCAACCUUUGUUCUCAUCCCUAAAGCAACCAAACCUCCAACGCCUAUAAAAAGUAAAGCUUAGAUUAUUGUAAAUUUUUUAGCAGGAAUUAUUGUUCAAAUUUGGAGUACAUUUACUGCUCUAUGUAAUAUGAUGUAGAAAGACCUGUUUUUCAAAGACUGGAAAUUUCUGUUAGGUAAUAUUAUGGACCUUCAGGGCUGGUGGAGCUGAUGUAGAGUAUGACUGAUUUUGUAUGUUUUUUUAUUUAUUUGAUAUUUUUUUUGUUAUUUUUUUAUGAUAAGCAUGAACUGUACAUUCUUGGUAGGAAACUGGAACAUGUUAGGAAUACUGUAUAGUACACGAAGAUAUUGUAAUAUUAUUUAGCUAUUUUCAUGCAGGUGAAAUCUAUUAUGUACUGGGUCAUGUUAUACUAUUUAUAAAAAAAAAAUUAAAGAUGGUCGGGAGCCCCUCAAAAAUAAUUUGUGGUUGUCAUUAGUGUUAUAACUUAUGCUUGUGGUAAAUAUUUGUGAUGUGACUCUGGGCUAGUGAUCCUGAGGACAGCUGUCAGCAAGAUGCUGGUCAUGGUGACUGCUUGCCUCAUGUUAAUGUUGAAUCUCUAUUGCAUUGUUGAUACCCUUUUACUACAUACCAAAACCAUGAACAUAUUUGCCAGAAAACCUCAUAUAUUUUUAAGUGCAUUUUCCAAAGCACAGCUGUGGUAAAGAUGAUAGAGUACAGUAAAUGGUGAAGUAAGAGUAGAGAGGAGCCAGUACUUUUGAUGGCUUGGUAUGAUGGUUGUGUUAUAUGUGAAUACCUUAUUUUAGGAAGGUGAAGGAAUCAUUAUAACAUCACUUAAAAGUUGUGGUUAACAAAUGCUCUGAGGUCUCUGCAUUGUUCUAGUGUUCAUAGAAUAUAUAUACAAAUGUAUAUUUACUUGUUGGUAUAUUGUAUUACCACAUCAACUUGGUAUUCACACCUAAUUUCAAUGGAUCAUUGACAACAGGUGUCAUUUAAUUUCAGUUUAGUUCAGUGCAGUUUCCUCCACCAACUACAGAACCACACACACACACACACCACAAAGAGGGGCAGACUCCAUUUUCUGUAAUGAACAAAGAUGGACUGACAGCUAUGUUGUGGCAGACCCACCAACUUUCUUGAUAAUGAAUAAGAAUAAUAACUUAAGAAAGUUAUAUAAGUAUCUUCUCUGUUUGUAGUGGUUAUGUAUGUAAAAAUGUUUUCAUAUCUUUUAAGUGUGUAUCAGCAUAAAUUGAAUAAAUUUAAAUAGAUUA